AUGUUGCACAAACUUCAAAUGCAGUCCACUAUUCCCCACCACCCUGUGCGAAAGGAAUCAUCUACCACUCCUAUUCGUAUCGUGUAUGACUGUAGUUGUAAACAGUCAUCUAGUCAACCUAGCCUGAACGACUGCCUGGAGUCUACAGCACCUGUGCUGAAUGAAUUAACGUCUAUAUUGAUGCGAUUUCGAUUGAAAAAGUACGCUGUAACCACUGACAUAGAAAAAGCUUUCCUACAUGUGGGACUACAAGAAAAAGACAGGGAUGUUACCCGGUUUUUGUGGCUCACUGAUCCUAGUGAUCCUAAAUCUCAACUUUGCACAUACCGAUUCAAAGCAGUGUUGUUCGGCGCGACGUGCUCACCGUUCAUUCUUAACGCCACUAUUCUCAAACACCUGGAAUUGAACAAAACAAACAAAGCAGCCGAGAUUAUAAAGAGAGAUUUAUAUGUGACAAUAUACUCUCUAGUUUUGAAGAAAAAAGAGAUCUACUCACCUAUUUCCGUGAUGCACGUGAUCUGA